AUGUCAUGUUUGUCCCAAGGAGAGGGGUGCACGAACCCUUGUGCCAAGACAACAAACCUUGUUGGCGAAGACCGCCAACAACAACAACAACAACAACAACAACAACAACAACAACAAACAACAACAACAACAAACAACAACAACAACAACGACAAUAUGCGGCAGCAGAGGCAACGCCGCACAGUUGGGGAAGCACGCUCCACAUGCGUGAGCGUCGUCCUCUUGGCUGUGCUGAUCGGCGCCUUCUGCCCCCUCAUCGCCUUGGGCUCGACAGCUGCUGCUAGUGGUGGUGGUGGUGCUGCUGCUGGUGGUGCUGCUGCCACCGUGGCUGCUGCGGCCACGACUACUACCACCGCAGAUACCGCACUCAGUGAUGACGAUGCCGACAUGAGCAUGUCCCCGUGGGGCAACUUGGACAUGCACUCGUUUGCCUGCUGGUUUCCGACCCCCGACCACGCCGCCAUUGUGGCAUCCGACAGCGCGCGCGAUGCACUGGUGACUGCCGUCCUGGAUGCUGCCGCCGUCCCCGCUUCUUCCGUUUCGCAGCAGGUCAUCGCCAGCUACGUUGGCGAGAUGGAGGCCGUUGGGGUCAAGGUUGAGCUCAGCAUCACCAACACCUCGACCCUCCAACACCUCUUUGACGUGGCAGAGGACCCGGGCAUUGCCAUCCACCUGCCCCUUGCCGCUGACAGCGACACGCUUGUGAUUGCGCGCCCCUUGAUUGCCAAGUCUGGCGGGGACUGCGGUGCCCGUGGGGACUGCUCAUCCACGCCAGCACCGCCGUCCAAGAGAGUGCAUGAUGUCAGCACAGCACAGCUCGUCGUCAUCGUUGUCGGCUGCGUCGUCGGCGGCGUUGCGUUUGUCGUUGCUGUCAUUCUCCUCGGCGGCACCUUCAACACCGGCAGCCGUGGAAGUGGUGGCGGUGGUGGUGGUUUUGAUCGAGGUGGUGGUGAUGACGCUGGCGGUGGUCGAGGGUGGGAGGAUGAACGACGCAACAACAGCAGCGGCAACAACAGCAGCAGGGGCGGCAACAACAGGGGCAGUCACAUCAAGCACCACAACAGCAACACCACCAAUGCCACCGCUUACACCACAAGCAGCAGCAGCAGCAGUGCCAUGCAUGAGACGUCCCUUCCCUUGCCAUCCAUCGUGCCGCCACCGCCACCACCAGCUGUGCGCCUGCGCGGGGUGGACGAGAUGGUUGUGGGUGGACACCUACAUCCCUCCUUCUCCCACGGCUCAGUCGCAUACACACCAUCGCCGCCACGCCAACACCACCAACACCAUCAGCGACAACAUCAACAACAACAGCGACAACCGCUGCUGCGCGGGGGCGGCGUUGACGCUGUGGAGGUGCUGGCCUCAGAUGCCGUGCAGCGUCGUCUCAACCAGCCCCGCACACACGCCACCGCCCUACCCAGCACCAGCGACACACACCAUCCACACUACCACCCCUACCAUCCACAAUACCAGCAGCAACAGCACGACGUGAGCCACGGCCACUCGUCAAACGACAACAGCAGCGGCAGUUCACCCCGGUCUUCGUCACUGCACAGCGACCGGCUCACCACCACCACCACACUAACCACAUCAACCUCCAUUGGCCACCACGACAGCUUUGUUGCAGCCAACGAUGAUGAUGGUGGUGGUGGUGGUGACGGCAGCAUCUCGCUGAUGCAUGACGCCGCUCACCGUGCAUUUGAGGAUGAACCGCUGCCUUCUGACCUGCAUCUGCACCUGCACCCCGAACACCUCCACCCGCACCACCGACCACACACGCAAAUGUACCCGGUGCACGCGGGGGAAACGGUGGAGGACAUGCUUGAGCCGGCACACAUGAGCACCAUCACGAUUCCUCUCGAUUCUGCAGCCACGACGUCCACAGACAUGUUUGCAGACAUGUUCAACGUGCAGUCGCCAAACUUCAGCGACGAGCUGGCCCUGCACGGCAGCGGCGACGCAGCCGCCCUCUCGCCCGUCACCGUCAACGACCUUCGACGACAACAACAACAACAACAACAACAACAACAACAACAACAACAACAACAACAACAACAACAACAAGGGCUGCGCGUGUGCAGUGUGGGUCGUGUACACGGCGCUGCCAUGGGUAUGCAGCCACACGCGCAACAACAACAACAACAACAGCAGCAGGGGCAACGGAGGCUGCUUGUGCCACCUCCUUGGUUGGUUGAAGGGAUGCAGCAGACCAGCGCCCACAAUGAUCAGCAGGUGACAACGAGCAGUAGCAGUGGCAACAACGGUCGACCACGCCAUGCUGCCUCAUCACAGGCCAGUGGUGCUGCUGGACAGAAUAUUGCCCCGCAUGCACUCGACCGCUCACUCUUCUCCAUCCCAGCGCCCCAUCACCACAACAAGCAGCAGCAGCAUUCAACCGCACUGCCACCGCUCUCGCUGCCGUGCACAACCAAGAGCGGCAACGCGAACCGCAACGGGAACGCACCAUCCAGCCAACACGGAGCAAAAUCACAGCGGUCACCCGUGCAGGCGGGUACUGCAGACAAGCUUCCAAACAAGGGUGCAACAUCUGUGAAGAAACCAACAAAGGCGGCGACAAAGAGGUCACGACGGCAGGCUGGCCAGGACAAACCCAAGACGCCACGCGUGCGUGAUCGCCGCGAUUACAUGAAGGCAUACAGACGCCAGCGUCGGCAGCAAGUGGAGGAGCUGCAGGGCCGGGUUGCGCAACAGGAGCACGAGAAGCGCAAGCUGAAAUCGCGCGUGGACGAAUUGGAGGAUUUGGUGGACAGGUUCAGACACGCGUUGCCACCAGACAUGUUUGCCGCCAUUGUACAGCAGGGUAGAGGCGGAGGCGGUGGCGGUGUCGUGCAGUGCUGAAGCUGUGGGUGUGUGGAGCUGAGGUUGGGGUGGAGGUGGGGAAAGCGACGAUGGUAGCCGUUGUGUGUUGACACUCUUUGAGUUGCUUCUUCCGACAAGCACGUUUGCUUGAGUUGGUGGGGUCAUAGGUGUGUUUUUGUGGCCGUGGUAAAUGUACAUAAAG